CCAAACAUCUUCAUCCCGCCUCAUUUCUCAAACUCAAAUAAUAUACUCUCUCUCCCAAAUCUCAUCCUUCAUCUUCCCUCUUUUUUUCCCACUCUCUCUCCUCAAACAAUGGCUCGUACUAAGCAAACCGCUAGAAAAUCCACCGGAGGAAAAGCUCCAAGGAAGCAACUCGCAACCAAAGCUGCCAGGAAAUCAGCCCCGGCAACCGGAGGAGUUAAGAAGCCUCACAGAUUCAGACCUGGAACUGUUGCUCUUCGUGAGAUCAGGAAAUACCAGAAAAGCACUGAGCUUCUUAUCAGGAAGCUUCCAUUUCAGAGGCUUGUUAGAGAAAUUGCUCAGGAUUUCAAGACUGAUCUUCGUUUCCAGAGUUCUGCUGUUGCUGCUCUUCAAGAGGCUGCUGAGGCUUACUUGGUUGGUCUCUUUGAAGAUACUAACCUUUGCGCUAUUCAUGCUAAAAGGGUUACUAUUAUGCCUAAGGAUAUCCAGCUUGCUAGGAGGAUUCGAGGUGAAAGGGCUUAAUUUCAGAGUCUAAUGGAAUUGGAUUAAUGAAAUUAGGGAUCUAUGGUGGUAGUUGUAGUAGUAGUUGUAUGUUUGUUCAGUUGAUUUAUCUCAAAUCUAAGCUGGGUACUAUUAGUAUUACAUAUUGGUAUAUGUAUUGUGAAUUUUGAUGAAUGAAAAAAAUGUUUGCAGUUUUA